CGCGUUGGCUGCACCGAUAACCGUCGUCAUGGACAUCAUUGGCAGACUUGUUGUCGCGACGAUAUGUGACCUGACACUUGUAGUCUCCCUUUGGCUCAGUCUUAUGUAGUUGGGAAGUGUGCAAAACAUAGCGUGGCCAUCCAUGGCCCUGCGAGCUUGCGACUACACCAUCCUAGUCUUGGACCUUGCGGAGGGCUUGGUCACCACUCUGAACCUCAACGAAGAGGAGCAUGGGGCCAUGUACUUGGCCAUUUUCUUCACAUCUUACACAUUUCUUGAUGACUUCUUCCAAGGCUGUAUGAGGUGUACGGAGUGCAAGUGGGAUGACUGCAUCUGGAAGAUUGGCGUGGAAGUUGGGCAGUGCAUCUUCUUCAUGCAGUUCUCUCUUCCAGGCGUCACGCGAGCACUGAUCAUAAUGAUGGUUUUCCAGGUCGCCCUCAAAGUUGCCGGAACUUGCUGGGAUUCGCUCAUCGAAAAGAACAGCGCGGAGAGCACCGGAGGUAAAGCUGAGCCGGGGAAAGCCUUCUUUAUGGGUUUCCUGAGCCUUGUGUUUGGAAUGGCGCUUGGAGUGCUUCCCCUUUUGUUUGCAGAAGGGUCCUCUUUUCAUGAAAAAUGGUAUGAGUGCAUGGUUUGCGCCUUCUUGUGGAGUUUGCGCAUGCUGGAACAGCUCGUCAAUGACGGUGAGACUGCUUUGGUGAGAUGCGCGUUCUGUGUUGUGGCUUUGUACAUCUUCGGCUUCAUUUGUUUGAACCUUGGAGUUGCCUUAUCUUGGUGCUCACAAGAAGGUGAUCUUCCACUCUUUGACCGUGUCUACGGCGUGAUGCUCAGCCUGGCUACGCUCAUUUGCAUUCUUACCUGCAUAUUUGCGUGCGCAAGAGAUCAUUGUGCACCAGCCAAGGCAGGCGAGGCUGCAGCUGAUGGUCAAGUAGUGGGAACUCCAGCCGUCUAAUCCGCCCAUCGGUGAAAAGAGGUGAACUGAGGAGUUGGAUUCUCACCGUUUCACCCGUUAAGAACUGGAGGGCGGCCAGCGCUUUAAGAGCGAGCCAUGGCCUCCAAGCCUCGAGCGAAAAGAGCGAAAAGAUCACCUGUGCCUUUUAACGCGUGGACCCAUU